AGUCACUCUCACGUUUCCUGUGUCGCACUCUGACCCUCCCAAUCCCUCGCCAGUGUCUGUUAGAUUCGUCUGUCAAACCCAAGGCACAGGUCGUUUCUCAGGUUUCUAACAAGAUAAACGCCGCAGCGCGUGGGCUUCGUCAAGCACACAAAACGUAAUGGACGCCGACGGAAAUGGAACCUUGAGCAACGUCUUAGGCUGGGUGUCUAUAGCGUGCUGGCUUGUAGUGUACACUCCACAGAUCUACGAGAAUUACCGACUCAAGUCUGGCGAAGGGCUUAGCGUAUUCUUCGUGGUCACUUGGUUAAUUGGAGACCUAUGCAGCCUCUCAGGCGCUCUAUUGGCGAAUCUAUUGCCAACUAUCAUCAUCCUAGCCACAUACUAUUCGGUAUGCGACUCGAUGCUUCUAUUCCAGAUAUACUACUAUCGCUGGACCAACAACACACCAUCAAGGGAACCUGCCCUAGCAUCUGCGGAAUCGGCUGCUCAAGAUCUCGAACGAACACCCCUAUUGACUCAUAACGGUAACGCGGCAGAAGCCAGCGUGAAGCCCUCGAUCAUCCGGAAUUUUACGAAAUAUGCCGGUGCCCUGUGUUUUGUCUUCGUGGUCGGCAUUGCCGCUUGGGCGGUGGACGAGCAUAUACAUCAAGACCAGGCUUCACCGAAUCGCGACGAGGUUGUUGAAUGGAGAAGCCAGGUCCUUGGCUGGAUCAGUGCUGCUAUGUUCCUCGGAGCUCGGGUACCACAGAUUGUGAAAAAUUUCCAGACGAGGUGUGAAGGGCUCUCGCCCUUCCUCUUCGUGUAUUCAAUUACGGGCAACACGACCUUCGUCCUGGCUAUUUUGGCUGCCUCGAUGGACCUCCAACAUCUCAUCACGAACGCAUCGUGGAUUGCGGGGAGCGCUCUGACGGUCUUUUUGGACGUCUUUGUCCUCUCGCAAUUUGUCUACUACCGAAGCAUGGACAGUCGCCAGCCUCACGUUGAAGUGUCAUAGAAAAGUUCAUGUUUACCCCAGUUGGGUACAAUUUCUGUAGUCAUGUGCGACAGCAAAGAUCAUCGCAACCCAUUAGUGUAGCGUUGCCACUAUGGCCUGGUGUUUAGUAGACGCUACGCAGGAGAUCUAGACAAGCAUUGGCGUUACCGAAUGUCGACGCAAGGAAAGGUCAGUCUGAUGGAUUGUGCCCGGUACCGGGUACGAUAUGAGGGUGCGAUAAGGCGAGACAGAA